UUUAUCAGAAGAUGAUCAGGAGACUGAAACAACAGAAGCUGACAGCGAAGUCCAGAUAGUGACUGAAUGUUGGGUGGAGCCACAGUACGGCAUAUGUUGUAACAACACUCCAGAACGACAACAUUUUAAUGGACUGACAUAUCUGGACAUCGCCAAAGCCUUCUACCCUCGUGACUAUGAAUGUGUGUCAAGUUUGACAACCUUCGAACACUUGGUCUACCUGUGUGAGAACAGUGCCAUUCCUAGCCCUGAUGUGGUCGUCUCCAGACAGUCCAGCCCACCAUCGACUCCAGGAAAUCGUUUCACUCGAAAGAAGGAAGAAGGAUACCGUUCAGAGCCCACAGUCAACAUCAUCCCGUUUCCUUUUGACCUUCAAUCACUUCUUCCUCGUAGUCAGCAAGCAGAGAUAUUGUUUUCAACUUUUGUGAUUGGUGAUGGCAACACUUCCUCAGAAAAUGUGGUGUUAGAUCCAAAAGAGCCAAGUGAAUUACUGCUGAGCCUCUUCUAUGACAAGCUCAAGGAGGCACACAACAAUGAGAUCCUGCUUUCUGCUGAUGACUGCCAGUGCCCGAUGUGGAAGUGUUACGUGAAGAAGGAUGAUGUCACAGAUCAUCUUCUGCUGACAUUUGUGCCUGCAUGCUUUGAUGAUCUUCUGCUUUUGAACCCCUCUCCUGCUGAGGCAUCUCCUGAAGAGGGCGAUACUGGUGCUAGUAAUUUUCCUGUGAGUAUCGGUGGU